CCCGCCUCUUCAAACUCCCAAAUGGAGUCAUACCCACCUCUCUUCAGAAACCCCACAGCCAACCUUGAUUCAAUCCCUACCCGGUACCCAAAUCUCGAUCUCCCCAUAAUAAACCUAGCCCACUUAGAUCAAGCCCAACUCGGCGAGGCUUGCAGAGAACUCGGGCUCUUCAGGCUCAUCAACCAUGGGAUCCCCUCCCCCCUCGCAGCCCAGCUCCACGCCGAGUCCAAGAGGAUCCUCUCGCUUCCUUUCGAGUCUAAGCGGGCCGGGCUAGUGGGCCCAGUCAGCUAUUUUUGGGGGUCGCCGGUGGUGAGCUUGAGCGUCGGAGACGUUAAUUGGCUCGAAGCGAUCCAUGCUCCCCUUGGGAAAAUUCAGGAGGUCGGAGAUGAUUUGGGUUUGUGCUCUUCAUUCAGGUCUCUAGCAUAUCAUUAUGGACUACACAUGGCACGGAUCUCAAAGACAAUCUUUGACGCUCUCUUAACUGAUCUCAAACUGGACACCGAAGUCUCCUCCUCUUACCUCCAUGAAUCCGAUGGCAUUCUACGUGUUUAUCGAUAUCCGUGCUGCCCCGAGACUAUGAAGUAUCUUGGAAUGGUGGCUCACACUGAUAGCUCAGUUCUGUCAAUACUCAACCAGGUUGAUGUUGGGGGGUUGCAAGUUCUUCAUAAUGAUCAGUGGUUUAAUGUUGAGCCAAUUUCUGAGACACUUGUUGUGAAUCUUGGUGACAUGAUGCAGGCCAUGAGCAAUGAUGAAUACAAAAGUGUGGAGCAUAGAGUGCUUGCAAGUGGGAGUAAGGAGAGGAUGUCCUUGUGCUACUUUGCAUUUCCAAAGGAGGAUGCUGUCAUUGUGAACUCAAAAUACAAGGCAUUCACUUACAAGGAGUUUAGUGCUAAAGUGAGAGAAGAUACCAAGCUGUACGGAUACAAGGUAGGACUAGAGCACUUCAUGGUCAAGAAGCAAACCUGAGCCCUGCAGCAAAGAUCAGUCUUCAUGCCUUUUUUCCCCGCGUAUUUGUACUUGUGAGAUAUAAGUGUAAUUGUUUAACCAAAUAUGCUAAUACAACAUAAACAGUGUAUAUGGAGUGCUAUCUACAUUUGAUAGAUGCUAAUGGAAAGUGUUUCCAGAUUUUGUUUACAUGUUAACUCAAGCAUGAAAUACACAAUUGAGGUCCAAUUA